CAUAGAUCUGAAUACAGAAAUGAAAACUAAAGCAACUAAUGAUUUCAAAAAGGACUUUUUUAAACUAAUGAACAACACUGUGUUUGGAAAGACAAUGGAAAAUAUAAGAAAUCGUGUUGACAUAAGAUUAUGUUGUGACGCAAAAAAAGUAGAAAAAUUAAUCGCUAAGCCGAACUUUAAACAUCAAACCAUAUUUACUGAAAACCUAUGUGCUAUUCACAUGUAUAAGAAAAAAAAAUAGUCUUUAAUAAACCCAUCUAUGUGGGAAUGAGCAUAUUAGAUCUUUCGAAGCAUUUGAUGUAUGAUUUUCACUAUAAUGUGAUGAAACCUAAAUACGGAGAUAACAUAAAAUUGUUAUAUCAGGAUACGGACAGUUAUAUAUAUGAUAUAAAAACAGAUAAUAUUUAUCAGGAUAUGAAGGGAAUGAUUGAUUACUUUGAUACAUCCGAUUAUCCCGAGAAUAAUCAAUAUGGCAUACCGAGAGUUAAUAAGAAGGUGUUAGGUAAAAUGAAGGAUGAAAAUAAUGGAAAAAUAAUGAGAGAAUUUGUUGGUUUAAGAGCAAAAAUGUAUGCCUUAAAAGUAGAUCAGGUUUCAAAGAAAUCAAAAGGAGUAAAGAAAUGUGCUGUUAAAAAUAGGAUAUCAUUUGAUGAUUAUAAAAACUGUUUGUAUAAUAAAACAGAACACUCCCGAACAAUGAAUCUAAUUAGAAGCAAGAAACAUGAACUUUAUUAAAUAGAAGUUAACAAGAAGGUGUUAUCACCACAUGAUGAUAAGAGAUAUAUAUUAGAGGAUGGAAUUAAGACAUUAGCAUUAGGUCAUUAUAAAAUACAAAGAGAUUGAUUUUUUUUCUUAUAUAAAUGGACUCUAGAAUAAAGAGGGCUAUCAAUUGGGAUGAUUUUUCUAAACGAG